AAUCCUGUAGGGUGCAAUGUCUGAACAGGAGCGUAUACAAGAAUGUGUGAGGAAAGAAAUAAGGUCACUUCUCAUUUCCGCCAAAGACGGUUUGACCCCACAGCAGUUGGAGAAGGAGUAUCUUUUGAUGGUUGGCAACCAUCUACCACUCCGAAUCCUUGGAUAUCGGUCCACGAUGGAGCUGGUAUUGGACAUGCCGGACGUUGUUAGUGUCUGCUCCAGUGGGGACGGUACUGUAAUACUGCACGCCAUUCCAGAUGAAUCCACCAAAGGAAUAGCAAGCCUAGUUGCAAAACAGAGGAGCAGCCAUAAAUCCCGAAACUUCAUGCAGAAGGGAAGGGCCAAUGUUUGUUCUGGGCCAAGGUCUUGUCAGCAAGUACCUUACCGAGGAAGGGUUCCCCCUAUUCUUCCAGCUGUUGUGAAGAGUGAAUUGAAAGACCUGUUGACGUUAUCACCUGUUCUCCUUUCUGAUUUUGAAAAGGCAUUUGCCAAGCGAUUUGGACGAUCAUUUCAAUAUGCACAAUAUGGAUUCCUCUCUAUGUUUGAAGUGCUCAAUGCAGCUUCCGAUGUCAUUUCUGUAGAGCAGACCAGAGCAGGUUCUUUGUUGAGGCUAAAGAAGAGUGUCGUAGAGGAAAAGCAGAGAGGAUGGCCAGCAGUGACAAUUUUUCUCUUUUCUAUUGCAAAAGGUAAAAUUAUUACGCAGUCAUUUAGAAUGAAACAGGGAUCAUACUCUGCAGGCUCUCAAGUAGCAAAGUCACGCUUUUCACAACCCAUUUCAAACACGGAGCCACCGAAGAGAAUGCUGAACAUGGAAAAGAGUUCCAGGUUAAAUAUAGUGGAGACUUCAAGGCUAAAUCACACUGAAAAAUUAAAUCAGUUGGAGAACACAUUCAAAUCAGUUAUUGCACAUAUUGGACCUGGAGGAACUAUCAGCCCAGAGCUAAAACAUAAGAUAAAAUUUGUUGUAUCCAAGUUUCCAGAAGGUUUGCUUAUUUCUAAACUACUUGGAGAAUUUGAAGUAACUUUUAAAGAGCAACUUUCACCAAAAAAAUUAGGAUUCUUAAAUGUGACAGAACUUGUUGGAGCUCUUAGUGACAUUCUCCAUGUUGAAUUCAAAGAAGGACAAGACUUACGAGUGUUUGAUGCUGAUAUGAAGCCUCUACCACCUGACAGAAAUUCAUGUUUAAUUCAAUCAAAUAAGAAAAUAGAAGCCAAAGCUUGUGUCUCCAGUCCCCUUAGAAAUUCACUGUCUACUGCUGCCGUCGAGGAGACUACAUGGAAUUGUCCUUCAAAAAACCUGAAAGAGUCACAACAGAAGAUUUGCAAAAAGCCUAAUCUGGUGGUAAAGCCUUUACAACUGCAAGGAGAAAUAAACAAAUCACAGCUCAGCCUGGCAGUGGCAAAUCAUGAUAUCCCACCAGAUGCUGUACGGGACAAGAAAUUAUGCAGACUCCCACCAUUAGAUACCAGUACCCUUGUGGGGGUCUUUGUGGAGUACAUCAUCUCUCCUAGUCAGUUCUACAUCCGAAUCUAUAGCAGAGAUUCAUCAGAGUUACUCGAAGACAUGAUGAUUGAAAUGCGGCGCUGUUAUUCUAAUCAGCUGGUUUCUGAUCGAUAUGUCAUGCCAGAAUAUUUUAUCCAACCGGGACAUCUCUGUUGUAUAAAGAUUUCUGAGGACAAGUGGUGGUAUCGGGUCAUUAUCCAUCGAGUCCUUGGGAAACAGGAAGUUGAAGUGUUCUAUCCAGACUUUGGGAAUAUUGGAACUGUUCAGAAGUCCUCCCUAAGGUUCCUCAAGUGCUGCUACACAAAGCUUCCAGCUCAGGCUAUCCCUUGUUCUUUGGCUUGGGUGAGACCAGUAGAGGAACACUGGACAUCCAGAGCUAUUUUGCAGUUCCAGAAGUUGUGUGGUUUGAAGCCAUUAGUAGGAGUGGUGGAUGAAUAUAUAGAUGGAAUCCUUAACAUUUUUCUAUGUGACACAUCCUCAAAUGAAGACAUCUAUUUCCACCAUGUCUUAAGAAAAGAGGGCCAUGCUAUUGUAUGCCGAGAAAAUAUUCCUGCUAAGGGUUUUGGAGAUCUCAACCCUUUAGCUUUGUACACUAAAUCCAGUAGUGGACCAGAGGAUGUUGUCUUGACCGAACUGGAUUAUUCUUCCCAACAGCACUAUUUUAAUGAAGACCGAAAGAUAGGUUCACAAUCAAAAGAGAGUGAGUUAUAUAUCCUGGAUGAGAUUCCUACUGGAAUGCCUUACCUGGAGUCAGUGACCAUAGGUGAUGAUAUUUGGGAUGAGAACUGGUUACCUUUGCAGGCUAAGAUGGGAAAAGGAGAUGAUGCUUCCUCCCAUCUAUUUACCUCAAGCCUUGGUGAAAAGAAACCGUAUUCAUCAUGUAAAGAAAUGCCACCAAAGGAUUGGUGUUUUUCUACACCCAAAGAUACAUGGGAUGAUUCACGGCAGCCUUCAGGCUUUGUGAAUGGAAUGAAAAUAGAAGUAGAACCCAAACCAGAAGGACUGGAUACUCAGGAAAAAAAUAUUGGCAAAACUAGGAUUCAAAAGCAACCAGACUUGAAAGAUUCUUCGGAUUCUUCCACACUGCCUGAAUUGGAAGAAUUCUACAUCUCUCUUAUCCAGUCACAGCAGUCAGCAAAAGGGAGCCAGUUUGAACCUAUUCAUGCUCAGCCACAGCAUAUUCAGCUAUCCACAGGAGUACCCAUUUCAACUCCCACAGUGGUUGACUCCCCAGAAAAAUAUUCUGGUUCUGUGGAAAGUUCUCCAGUGAGCCUAAAGAAAGAAGAUUUUUCUAGUAACCAUGCCAUUACAGUGUUCAAAGACAAGAGUCAAGAAGCCAUGGACCACCUCUCUUUGAUUUUGUCUCCUCAGUGCCAGAUUUCUCAGAAGUUCUACAUUCCUCGAAGUACAGCUACUGCUGCCUUAGGAGCCGCUGCGCGGUUAGCUACAUCCAGGAGCCUCCUCCACUGGUAUCCCAGUGUGAAAAGGAUGGAAGCAUGA